UAUGGAAGGCGUGUUGUUGUAGUGAGCCUGCGUGGCCCUGUGGCAGGAGGACGGUCGCCAUCUCUGGGUAAACACUGUAACCGUAUCACGCAGUUGGUUGUGUAGUGUGUGCACUGAAGCCGGAGCGUACAGUAGCAGCAGCAGCAGGAGCAGGAGCAGCGCAGCAGCAGCAGCAGCAGCAGCAGGCGGGGUGCUAUGCUGCCUGCAACAGCGGACACACACGUCUUUCAAUGCAGGACUGACGCUUUGUUUCUCCCCUGCACAUCGGACUGUCACCUCAGAUGUUUGGACGCUUCCCUCUCACUCACACUCCCUGCUGUGUGUAAGCUCCGGGGGGGGAGUGGGACUGCAUGCUUCCAAUAAAAUGGGAUUUUAAUGCUGCAAACAGCGGACGCUUUAGCCCGUGCACGGCCAGGGGACUGUAGUGCGCUUGGUAAUGUUUGCCAAGGAAUAAAACGGUGUAGCCGAAGGUGCAUAACAUCUCGUUUCCAUGGACAACACGUCCAUAAUAACACAGGUUGCAAAUCCGAAAGAGGAGGAGAGCAUUUCUUCAAGUCAAGAUAAAGUCUCCCAGUCCAACAGCAGCCUGAAGAAGCAUCGCAGCCGGAGCAUUUUCAGCCCCUUCUUCUGCUGCUUCCGCAACUACAAUGACUACCAUGUGGAGCCCCCACCCGCCAACAACAAGACCCUUUCUCUGCCCCCGCCGCCAGAGGAGAAUGGCAGUCCUCCCAAGUGUGACCGGGUCCAGGUCAUGCCCAUCCCCGGUGCAGCAUGAGGGUAUCAGCAGACUCUCGUACAGUCUGACCACACAUGGGUACAUCGUCAAAUUAGCUCCUCCAGCCAAGUUCCUGCUGCCGGAGGUCAGUAUAGCUGACUACGGCAAGAACUGUGUGGUGAUCGACCUGGACGAAACCCUCGUGCACAGCUCCUUCAAGCCCAUCAGCAAUGCAGACUUCAUCGUUCCAGUGGAGAUUGAUGGGACUGUUCAUCAGGUGUACGUGCUGAAGAGGCCCCACGUGGACGAGUUCCUCCAGAAGAUGGGGGAGCUCUUUGAAUGCGUCCUCUUCACGGCGAGCUUAGCCAAGUACGCUGACCCUGUGGCAGACCUGCUGGACCAGUGGGGGGUGUUUCGCGCCCGGCUUUUCAGGGAAUCCUGUGUUUUCCACAGAGGAAACUACGUCAAAGACCUCAGCCGGCUGGGCCGAGAGCUCAGUAAAGUCAUCAUCGUAGACAACUCACCUGCCUCCUACAUCUUCCACCCUGAGAAUGCAGUCCCUGUGCAGUCCUGGUUUGACGACAUGACUGACACGGAGCUGCUGGACCUGAUUCCUCUGUUUGAGGGUCUGGGUAAGGAGGAGGACGUUUACAGUCUGUUACAGAGCCUGAGGAACAGGUAGCAGACUGCAGCUCCAGCUGGUCCUUCCCGCUUCGGCCCCGCUGCACAGCGACCUCGCCUCGCUGCCACGGACCCGCAGCCCGGCUCCCGUCCUCCGAGCGGCGCCGGGAGUCCCAUCGUGGCUCUAAAUCUGAGGACUUCAGGCAAUCGUUCCGGUCAAAAUGAAAUCUAGAGACAACAACUGUAGUUCUUACCAUCUCUGGACUCUUUGUACAGGACUCUUACUGACAACAGAUUAUAUCACUGUAUGUACAUACUAUAUGUUUCUAAGCAAGACAUACAUAAAGUAAUUUUUCUAUCAGAGAGCGGAGGUUUUACUAUUCUAUCAAGUAAUAUUUUAGUUACCAAAAAUAAUCCAAUAGACAGAACGAAGAGUUUUUAGUUUUUCUUUCGAGAAUGGGUGACCUUUGUGUUUUUUUGUGUUGCGCUGUGCUAUGCAGGCCGUUAGUAUCUCGUCUGACCUUUCAUUCAAACAACUGUGAUUUAUCUUCUCUUACAGAAUGAAGUGCCUUCAUUACUGUGCUGAUUUUGUUGUGACGGGUUAUGGGGUGCACAUUUUUAUGCGGCAUAUUUACUCAAAACUCCAAAUAGCUAAAUACUUAAAUUGAAGUUGGAAAUAAGUCUCUGUUAAUUGUCAUAUAAUCUGAGGAAACCAAAAAAGAAUAAUUUCUAGACAUGUAUCCAACUCGCCCGUUAGACCUGGAUGAUCAUUUGCUUUUGAGUUGAGCAACGUUGAAUUGUUAAAUUUACCAAAGAUUUCUACAAUUCAAUGAUUUGUGAGUGAAUGACAUCAUUAGUGGCUGUAAAUUGAAAAUCCUUAAAGACAUUGAAACCCCACUUUAUUAUUGAAAAAAAAAGAAACCUUUGUGAUGACAUCACCGUCCACCAAUAAAUGUUAAACCUUCGAGGAAAAUAUAAGAAUUAGCUUAGAUUACAUGAAAUUCUAUUUAUUGGGGGAAAGGGGGUUGGGUGCAUUGUAAAGACUGCUGUUGAAAUCGUACUGUACAACAUUAUUAAAGUUGCAACUUUGCACACGUUC